AUGGAACAAAAAAUAAAGUCACUACUAUUUAUUAAAAUUGCUACAUUUAUCAUUUUAACUUGGAUAUAUCAUUUAUACUAUGACAUCGAGACGUUUAAGAAGUAUUUUAUCGUGAAAUACAUGUAUGAUAGAAAAUUAUAUAUGCGAAAUUAUCGAUCCCUAGCUAAAUUUGAAAAAGAUAAGGAUUCAAAUAUUGCAUGGUUAAAAGAAAAGAUAUCAAAUAAUGGAAUGUAUGAAAAUAAAGAUAUAUGUUAUAAUGAGAUGAGGAACUUAGGAAAAAGCGAACGAUCAAAUAGAAAUUCAGGAAAAAGUACGGGAGAGAAUAAACAAGUUAUGAAAAAUAAUUCUUGUAUAUUUGAAACAAAAAAAUAUUCUCGUUCUGAAAAAAAAAUAUUCAAAGAACUUGAUUUUGAGAAUUUCCUUAAAAAAAACAGGACAAUUAGUAAUAAGUUGUACAACAAAAUUAUACGUAAAAAAUAUGGAUUGCGACUUUCUUUACCCUUAAUAUUUUUAUUGUUUUUAUCAACAUCCCUCUUAUUAGAAUUUUGGGGAUUAGGACUUGUAAGUUUAUUGUGUUAUAUAUUGAAUAUCAUUAAACCUGGAUGCUUAAGAAAAAUACAUAAUUUGUUGGAAAUGUCUCCUUUUAAAGAGUUUUUCAAAUCUAUAGAUACAAUAAAAGUGACGGUGCGAAAUACUAGUAAGGAUGUUCACUUUUAUGUAACUGGUUUUUUUGGUAUUUUUAUCUAUUUAUUACCUUUUAUAUUAUUCGGUGUUACACUUAUAUUAAAGAUUUUUUACUACCAUAAGAAAGUUAAAAAAUAUCAAAAAAUUAAGAUCAGAAAAAGAUAA